CUGAAGAAUGGGGUGGGUGAGUGGAAUGAGUGAAGCAGCUGAAAUGAGGAUUUAUGGGACCUCAGGGGGAAGGAAGUGAGGAGAAAUGCCCAUGGCAGUGGUUCUCAGUGCAGUCCUGACCAGCGGCAUCAGCAUCGUCGGGCACCUGUAAGAAAUGCAGAUCAUCAGACCUCACCCCAGAACCACUGAGACGGCAGCUCUGAGCCGGGCCCAACUCCCUGCGUUUCCACAAGCUCUCCAGGGCAGUCUGAUACUUAAGUCAGAGAACCACUGCUCUGUGAGGGUUGGAAAACAGAAGUGCAAGUUGUGAAGCUUGGCAGCAGAAGUUGCAAGCUUUAUCUUUUCUCCAUUAAUAUCUUUUUGCUGCUUUGUUCCAUUCAUCUCACUCUAAGCUGUUUUAUGUUUUCCAGAGGGACCACACAUUGCAUUUGGUGAUGGUCCCCCUUUUCCAACUGUUCUGAUUUUAUACCAUUUUCACUUGAUGUUUCAUUCACAUCUCAGUUCUGCAAAGGGAAGGCUGGCUAUUCAUUUGGAUUUUUGAGAUGGCCUUGACCUGAUUUCUGGGUCAAGUAGAAAACCAGUGUCCAAGUGGGAAGUCCAGAUGUCCGCCAUCUAUCUCCUCGACCCUCAGAGUUUCUUUUUUUCUUUCAGCAUAAAUUCCAAAUCUUCUCCCUCUUCUGGGGACACAGAGAUAAACUGCGUGAUUUCUGCCUCCAACAACUAACAAUCUAAUGGGAAAACAGUCACCAAAAGAACUAAGUGCGACACAGGUGAUAAGGACCACUCAGUUUGGGACUAAGUGCCAGUGUCAGUGCAGACCCAACAGAAGAGGGAAAGGUGGGAAACUGAAAGGUUGGCGAUACCACCAAAGGGAAGAAGAGGAAAAAAGGGUGCUGAUUUCGAUGUUUAAAAGCCCCCUUGGCCAGCGUCAUGAUUCCACCCGCUUCCGUCAGCUGUUGUGUCCAGAUCCCUCCUGUGAGGUGUGCAAUAAUGCAACCACUGAGAUGGAUCAGCUGCUGCUCUCAAUGGCCCUCGAAGAUUCUACUCCUUCUGGAUCUCCUCUGCCUUCCUCCGGUCCUGUGACUAAGCCAUUGUUCACUGAGGCCCCUGCCUUUCCAGCAGUCCCUCCAGGACGUCUAAUACCACUUCUUCUGCCUGAGGCUUUCCCACCACGGCCCUCCAUUCUCUGCCUUAAUCCAAGGACUCCCUUCCAUAAUCUUUCAGUGCCAUCACCACUGGUUCACUCUCUGCCACCAGAGCCUUUUCCUCCUUUGGCAUCCAAAUUUCUAGUGGACCAUUCUCCACCCAAACCCCUUGACCUUCUCUCUCUGCCAUCACGUAAUAGUCUUAGUGCAGGUGCUGCUGUCCAAUCAGAAGACACUCUGACCCUGAAUACCAUCUUUCUUGACUCUUCUAUGACCCAAGAUACCAACCCCUUGCUUCAAUCCCUGCCCCAGUCUCAGCCUCUAUCUCUCACUCAGAUCAAACCCCAGGCUCACCUUCAGUCCCCAUGCCCAGUCCUAUCAUCCAGCCCCAUACGUCAGAUUAAGGGCUAUGGAAUGUAUUUCCAUAGAUUCCGGAAUGAAUCGGACUAUCUCAACUCAUCUCACAUUCAACACCUUGAAAGAAAUGUGUUGCGGAAGCAUCAGGAAAGUCUGUCGGGUUUACCCCCUAUGGUCCAAAAAUCUCAGAAGAAUAUUGUUAUUUAACUGCCAACAAUCCUUACUGCCAGUCAUCUCGAGCCUGUGUUUACUUUCCAUCUUUCCUGUAAAAUUUCUCCUUAGCAAUGAACUUUGGGAGAAACUAGAACACCUUAAAGAGAGGCUCAUCCAACACCAAUGGGGCCUGCCCCAGAGGAUCCAUGAGUCUUUGUCACUGCUGAGUCCUCUAGCCAUUUCUUCGGUAUAUCUGAAUAAUAGAGAAAUUAGCAUCUCCUCUCCUGCAUCUCUGUGUAUAAGGGUCAGAGUAGCGAAAAUCUAAAUACUGGAUUGAGCCAACCAGGAAGCUUCUCUAGGAGGAGCUCAGAAAUGCUUCAGCUAGAGGAGGAGGAGGAGGGGAAGGAUGAAAAACACAGCUUAGAGAAUGAUCCAAAAGAUUAUCUGUUGAAUGACUUAGAGAGUGCUUCAGAGAAGGAUGUGGUACAUGACUCUGAGAAAUACCUAGACAGUUACAUGAGUCUGUCAGGAGAAAAUUCAAUGAUGUUAGGGCAGAGUAUAAAUCAGACAUGAAUGGAGAGUGUCCUGAAAAUGCAUUUGAGCAAGAAGUUUGAGGGAAUCAGUGAGAAUCAACUCCCUGGGACUGUGCAUGGUAACAUGCUAUCAGUCAGGCACUUUUUGUGGAAUCCCCCCUGAAAUAAAACAGAAGAGUUAGCCACCAUCAGCGGUGGGAACAACUGCCCUAAUACUUCCCAGGAGCACAGAGUGCUGGAUCCAGCGCACAGCAGUUGCUGGAAGCCCAUAUUACCAAGUUUCCUAUGAGGAUGUUGUGCAACUUCUCUCAAUGUUCCUUCAAUCCAUAGAGAUCUCUAAUUUGAAAGAUACUUUAUCUCACUUUCAACCUACAUGUUUUCUGAGAUAGGUUCCAAAUCUGGUGGCUUCAUGCUUCUUAGAAGCUUUAAAAUUCUUAAAAAAGACAAAGAGGGUAUAGCAACUUCAGCCGCCAUCCUGAAUUAUCCUCUUCAUGCCACAUCUCUUGUGGGCAAGGAAGAACAAAGGACCCUAAGACCAUCACCCUCUAAUAUCCACUACGGGCUUGCAGAGGAGGUUUAGAGAAUUGGGGAUGCUACACAGAUGCUUCCGCCUGUCACAAACAGCAUCAUUGGCAAAGCAAGUCAGAGACAUUCUCCAAUAGCCAACAUUUACCCCCAUGCAAGGCUAGCCAGGACUGAACAUCAACCAACAGAUCAGUAUGUGAAUUCCAAGAAUAUACUAAAAAUGGGAACAGACAGAGAAAAUGGAGAAGAAAUCAGAACCUGUUUCUAAGCCCAGUGUGUUCAAGGCUAAGAGCUUGAUGCUCUUCAAUCUAAAACUAGUGAAUGAGAGUAAAGUAGCAAGUCCUUUCUACUUUAAGUAGAAACUUAAAGUAAAAACUCUAACCACAGAAAGUCCCCAGAAAAGAUAUCAGUUGUCCAAGAUCCUAAAUUAUGAGACCUUAGAGAAGAAUUUAAUUGCUGAGUCAAGCUCUAAAUAGAACAGGAAGCAUAGCCAGGCCCAAGGCCAACCCACUGGCAUGUCACAUGACUCAGCUUGAUUCCAAAGCUUCAUGCUCAAGGUGUCUCCAGUGUGGACAUGGGAGUGUCCCAGAUGCUGCAUGUCCAUCUGGAGGACAGAGGAGUCAGUAUGGAGCAGUGGCAGGAGCCUUGGCUUCCUAAGUAUGUCUUAAGCUUGUGCCAGGGUAACAAGUUCCCACCACUGCAAGAAUAGUGAGCCCCACAGGAUCCAAAUCAGAGGAGCUUGGUGGAGGGGAUGCAGGGUUGGGAACAUCCCAAAGUAGAAGGGGUUUCCUACUCUGGAUGAGGACACACUUAGGAGCAAGUCUCCCCAGACUCUGUCCUAGAAGAGAUAGUUUUCUUCUAAAAUCCUUUUCAGAAAUAAAAUUAGGUGCUUUUUUCAAUACCUUUGUCCUGGUAUAAAAUGCAAAAAGCGAGCAAACUCCUAGGAAAAGGGCAGCCCUAUUUCAUCUGCACAGAGCAGAGGCCCAGUUAAAAGUAGAGCUGCCUUUACUAGAACGAUGGAAGCUCAGAAACUCAUGACAGACAUUGGGAAGUUUCCAGAGGAGAGAUGGGUUUCAGCAGGUAAUAGACACCAUCUGCUCUCCAGACACCUACUCCUCCUGCUCCCUGGUCAGUAAAGUUUGGGAAAGCUCAGCAGAAGGCAGCAGUGUGGGCCUGGGUGGAGUCUGUCCUGGGGCAUCCUUUCAACUCCAGGGUUCCCUCCAAUAAUGUCACAAAUACAAAGUUCUGCUGCCUAGCAGCUGUCUUAGCGGGACAGAGUUCUGCAAACAGUAGAGAAGUCAGAGACAAGGACAGACACCACCAGAAAUUUGUGGCCAUAAGGCACCAGCUAUUAAGUCAGAAGCACCCCGAUCUGUGCCCCACAGGGCAACUGUGCCCCAUCCAAACCCCACCUGCGGGCCUCAACCUGCCCAGGGGCCUCCUGCUGCUCUAGCACUGCCAAAGGUCCUGUGUUCAGAGAUCAGUCUCUAUUCAGACAGAAAACCUUACUCCAGAAUUUUCUGGGGAAAAAAAUU